AUAAAUCCUUUCCCGCCAAAGCCCACCAACCAUUUUUCCAAUGUUCUUUCUCGCUCUUCAUCUCUCUCAUUGUGCCACCUUUCAAAAAAGUAGUACUUUAACUGACUAGACCUCUCUCUCUGCUAAGUGCUGUGCUGGGUCACUAAGAUUUUUGGGUAUUGGGACAUCAAUGGCGGAAGAGAAGGACGCUUUUUAUGUUGUACGGAAAGGGGAUAUCGUUGCCAUUUACAACAGUUUGAGUGAUUGCCAAGCUCAAUCCGGGUCUUCUGUGUGGAAUCCUUCCAUUAGUGUGUACAAAGGAUAUUGCUUGUCUAAGGAUGCUGAGGAGCACCUUGCCUCGCAUGGGCUUAAGAAUGCUACUUAUUCUGUUGGCGCUGCUGAUGUGACAGAUGAUCUGUUUGGCAAACUUGUUGCUUGCCCCUUUCAGCAACCAGCUUCUUCUGGAGUAAAAGCAGCUGACAAGGAUUUUCACACAAAGAGAUUACAAGGAGCGCUUGAUUCAGACAGUGUUGAUCUGUCUGGAUCAACUUCAUUUUCAACAAAUCCUCAGAAGAAACAGUUCAAGUCAGACUAUGGCAUUCAAGCUCAAGCAAUUUCUUCUUUCGGUGAGGUGUCUGGAUCAACUUCAUUUUCAACAAAUCCUCAGAAGAAACAGUUCAAGUCAGACUAUAGCAAUCAAGCUCAAGCAAUUUCUUCUUUUGGUUAUAUGAAAGUCGUCCAAGUUGCCCAGCCUUCCUGUAUUCUUCUGUUUGAUGGUGCUUCGAAAGGAAAUCCUGGACAAGCUGGUGCAGGAGCUGUGCUGCGUGCUGAAGAUGGAAGUAUGGUCUGCCGAUUGCGUGAAGGGGUGGGCAUUGCAACAAAUAAUGUUGCUGAAUAUCGAGCUGUACUUUUAGGUUUGAAACAUGCUCUUAAGAAAGGGUAUAAACACAUUCGUGUCCAAGGAGACUCUAAACUUGUCUGUAUGCAGAUUCAGGGUCUUUGGAAAACCAAAAAUCAGAAUAUGGCUGACUUGUGUAAAGAGGCGAAGGAGCUUAAGGAUAAAUUUGUGUCAUUCCAAAUCAAUCAUGUCCUUAGGGAAUUUAACUCUGAAGCAGAUGCUCAAGCAAACCAAGCUGUAAAUCUCAAAGAUGGGCAGGUUGAAGAGGAUUGUAGGAAGAUGUAGUAAGAAGCUACAUCUGUUUAUUGAAUGGCAGAAAUGCUGUUGCCUGACUUUUUUGGACUUGUUAUCCUUCAGGCCAGAAUCUGUGAUACCUUCUGCAGGUGAAGUAAAUUUAAGUAUGCUUAGUUUACUAGAAUCUGCUAGAUAAAUUGGGGCAGAUUGUCUUUUAAUGAUUAAUGGGAUACUAUUUAAUAUGUAUUAUAUUCAAGCUUUUGCUUCAGCUGUUGUCCUCUAGUCCGUGAAGAUUAGAGAUGUUUAGUGUUGAUUGGUAAUUUAGAAAUCUGUGAAUACACAGAAUAUUUGUGUAAUA